CCGGCUCCGCACAAGGGCCAGAAGCAAGGCAAAUCCCUAUUCGGCGAAUCGGCGGCACGAUAUGCAUCUUGACGCAUGCACGACAUAUGUGCAAUUUACAUUGUAAACAAAGAUCCUUGCCAUUGGCGAACCGAAAACUUCUCCUCUGGGCGUAAGAAGUUCGAAAACAAAUGGCUGCACAAGCACGGCGACCACGGCAAACCUGUAUAUUACGCGGAUCCCGAAGAGGAAACUGAUAAUAGCACAAGAUCGAGGUCUGGUACUGGCAGCUCCUCUCGACCUGGUUCUCGACUCGCCAGUUUAUCAUUUCUAAGCUCACGUCGAAACUCCUCUCAACGACAACCGAUCGAUCCUCCCUCGCGGUCAUCUUCUUUCUUUUGCAGGGGCUCUUCCCAACAACCUCAGGCCAGGAGAUCAUUUGCUGUUCAGCAGAGCAACCAUCGCCGUCAUGGCUCGGGUCUCUCUGCCAGCGACCGACGCCGGUCUGGAAGCGGGAUCGGAAGCAGACCAACUCCUUACAACUCCUCACCAGAUGCAUUCGACACGGCGUUCCGGGUUCCUGCGUUUCCUGAUAGUGGCUACGUUAGUCGUGACGAUGAUCCUGAUAUGGGGUUUCUACCUGAGGACCACCAGACACUUCAGUCUCCUUCACAAAUGGGCAACUCAAUGACCUUGGCGAAGUUGCAUGAACAGGAAGUGCAGCAGCAUCAGCAUCAAAAACAGCAGCAGAGGCCGAUGAGUGAUGCACCGCCCGUGUUAGGACAGUCAAGUACCGUUGCGAGAGGUAUGGCGCCUGAACGGACUUCAAGCCAAGAACUGCGAGGUCGAGCGUCAAGUUUCACACUCGGGAGCAGCGGCAGUAGUGCCAAUCCUAGCCCCAAACCCGCUGUUGAACCUGUUGUGAGUCCGGGCGCUCUCGCGGAGCAAUAUGAAGCGCCCAGUGCGCUGAGCCACGAGCACGCGACAGAUCAGAUGGCGGACUCCAGAGUGGCGGGAUUGAGAGGAUUCGAAGGUGAUCGGGACGGUUACUUUUCACAUCUGGGAGAAGCAGCUCCUCGCCCGAAACAACCUGAACGAGCGCAGACUGCUGCGCCUUCGUCAUCUUCAACUUCUAAUCCCGCUGAAAUUCCUGCUUCUUCAGGACACAGGUCUUGCACGAGGCUGACGGCCGAGGAGGCGAGGAGAGCGAGGAAGCCUUUUACGACUACGAGGGCGUUGACGGGAUAUUGAUUUGAGUGAAGCUGGAUGGCACGGUGAUGACUUAUGGAAACGCUAAACCUUCACGAUUGAUCGCAGUCGAUUAUGAUGCGACGAUACCAAGCUGUCGAGCCACAGUCCACAGAAACCUGCGAUACCUCUGCUGGUCCAGCGGGACGCGCGAACAGAAGUUGAAGAUCAGUCCACGCCGCGAAUAGUGGGUGGGCAGCAGGUAUGAGAGAAUGUCUUUCUCUUUGCGUCGACCACAAGGCGUUGACGCAAACACCGCUUUCAGCUCAGGACUUCCGGCGCCGCGGCGCCCAAGAGGUUUUGAUUAUUCUUGGAUGCAUCAACGGCCCACGUCACGUCGUGGAUCUUGUGGAGUGCUGAACGACGUAAACUUAUCAAUUUCUCCGAAGUUUUCCGAGAUAUCUUUUCCAGACCUUGACACCUGCUUCUUCCACA